AGUACUGGUGGUGAGGUGGCAACGCCUCAGUGCUCCUCGGAGCGUGCGACGGGACGGACGGGACAGAGCGGUGCUGUGCGGAGCCCCCGUGCAGCCAACUCGUUCCUUUCCUACCGAAGCGUUUUGGUGGUUUUUCUGUGGUGUGAGCGUCCUCGAGGCCAGACCGCGGGACUUGGUGACACGGAGCUUUUGCGAGGUGUCCCCAGUCCCUGUGGCAGCUGCCCUUGAGGCCGCACUGCAGGACUCGUGUUUCGUAGGCUUUUCUAUCUUUCAGGUGCCCUCGAGGCCAGACCGCGGGACUUGGUGACCCGGAGCUUCGGCGAGGAGUCUCCAGGCCCUGCGGCAGGUGCCCUCGAGGCCAUUCUCUGGGGCUUCGUGCCCCGGAGCUUUUCCCUGGCGUCUCCAAUCCCUGCAGCAGGUGCCCUCGAGGCCUAACUGUAGGAUGGCGGAGAGACGCUUCCGUGUGACCAGGCUGCUGAGGAGGAAGAAAACGAAGGAAGACCCUGGGCCUGCCCCAGCACAGCAGCCUGAGGAGGUGGAGCAGUUCCAGCCCCUGCAGGAAGAUCCAGGACGGGACCAGACUCAAGAACAGGACCGUGCCCGUGACCACUUCCGCAGGGCAGCACAGGCCUUCCUGAAAUUCGUGGGUGUUCGGCGUGAGCAGUACAGGAUCACACCAGCCGAGGUCACGGCACAGCCUGACCCCACGCCGAGUGAGCUCAAGGUGCACCCUGAAGUCGGCACCGCGUUGACUGAUGACACAGCAAACUGUGACACCGCGGUGACCGAUGAUGGGACAAACUCCAACACCGCCCUGCCUGAGCUCACCAUGGAGGCUGACUGUGCAACGACUGAGGGCAUCGCAGACACUGAGAGCACACCCGUUCAGUGCCUGCCCGAUGCUCUGAGUCUGGAGGUCCUUGAUGAAGGAGUUAUCUCUGUGGAAGUAGCCAUGGAGGCAGACGGAGGCAUGGAGCAGAGACCCCCAAGGGUGCCGAAGCUGGCGUGGGUGAAGAAGGAGGAGGAAAGCCCUGGAAUACCCCCGGCACAGCACCCUGAGGAGGUGGAGCAGUUCCAGCCCCUGCAGGAAGAUCCAGGACAGGAACGGACACAGGAGCAGGACCGUGCUCGUGGCCGCUUCCACAGAGCUGAUCAGAGGGUGCGGAAAUCCAAGCCUGUUCGGCGAAGAAAGGCCAGGACCUCACCAGCCGAGGUCACGGCACAGCCUGAGCCCAUCCCUACUGAGCUCAAGGGCAAAGCUGACUGUGCAACGACUGAGGGCAUCGCAGACACUGACAGGACACCCAUUCAGAGCCUGCCCGAUGUUCCCAGUUUGGCCUUUCUUGAUGAGGGAGUUGUCUCUGCUCAAGUAAGCAGGGCGAUGCGCCGUGUCUCCAGCCCCUUGUGUUCCCGCAUCACACUCCACCUGCUGGAGCUGCUGAGCAGGGAGGAGCCGUGCUGGGACCUCCCUGCCAUGGCAUUCCUCGUGGAG